AUGGCUACGAAUGAUGAUUCUGGUACUUCUAAUGAGAAUACUAUGGUACUCUCAAUUCGAUUGAUUCGCUCAUUUGAACAUCGGAAUAUUCGUCAUGUUACUCUUCGUUCCAUCGAUUCAUCAGGACAGAUGACAGGCAGUGAACUCAAACAACGAAUUCUAACAAUAUUACCGAAUGAGAAACUACCGCCACCAUUCAAAACAUUUUCAUUUGAUACAUUGAAAAUCGAACAUUAUCCGCAUCAAGCAAAGAGUAAUGAUGUUACUAUUCGUCGAGAUGGUGAUGAUCGAUUGAUAAUCGAAGAUGAUAAACACUUGUGUGACUAUAACGUUGUCGAUGGCACAGAAAUUGCCUUUUUCAAACGUAGUGACUACGAAAUUUACAAAGAAAAGCCCGAUUUAGUGAUGGAUUAA